GAAUAACGCCGAGAACGGCGAGCAGGCAGAGGCGCAGUGGAAGCAGGUCGAGGCCGGCGCCAUCAAGGGCGCCUCGAAGUACGAGACCAAGGCGAAGAUGCUGGCGGCCUUCAUCGUGGACCCGAGCUUAGGCCAGCGCUACAUCCGCUACAUGCAGGUGUCGUGGGCCAUCAGUUGGCAGGAGGACAUGAUCAGGUCCGACGAGUGGCCGACCGAGAAGCAGUUCUACGACCACUACGGUCAGAGCGAGGGCGAGGGGAUGAUCAACGAUGAUCCG